UAUAGGAUCCACCUCGAAAUUUUGCCUAACUUCUUUUUUAUUUUUUUGUAAUCUUACAUGUUUUUGUUUCAACCUGAUAAUGAAGGCAGAGGUACUAAUUAUUGAACCAUUUUAUGGUGGAUCACACAAACAGAUGGUAGAUUUACUGCAAUCUAAGAUCAGUGACUGUGAGGUGAUGACAAUGAAAGCCAAGAAAUGGCACUGGAGAGCAAGAACUGGUGCUUUAUACUUGAGUCAACAAAUUCCUUAUUCUCAUAAUUACAGGACUCUGUUUGCCAGUUCCGUAUUAAAUCUAGCAGAACUUAUUGCCUUACGACCAGAUUUGCAGGGUCUUACAAAGAUACUGUAUUUCCAUGAAAAUCAGUUGGUUUAUCCAAUUAAAAAGCAGCAAGACAGAGACUUCCAGUAUGGUUAUAAUCAGAUAAUAUCAUGUAUGGUAGCUGAUACUGUGGUUUUUAAUUCCAAAUACAACAUGGAAUCAUUUUUAUCAUCGAUUAGGACCUUUCUGAACUUAAUACCUGAUCACAGACCAAAGGCAUUAGAUGAUGCCAUCAGACCAAAAUGUCAGGUCUUGUACUUUCCUUUGGACCUUUCAGACAGGAAUGGUGAUCAAUCCAUAGAGGGUUUGAAGCCAUCUGCUCAUAUAAACAACACUGAUAACAUAUUAUCAGAUAGCCAAGGUCAAAUUGGAGAUCAGCUGAUUAAAUCUCAGGACUCUGACAUAAAGGAUAAGGAAGACAACAUGACAUGUGCCAAAGACCCAUGUUCGCCUGAAGCAAAGCAUAACUUUGUGAAGCCACUUCAUAUUGUUUGGGCACACAGAUGGGAGCAUGACAAAGAUCCAGAUACAUUUUUUGAGGUUGUGACAUCAUUAUCUGAAAGUGGAAGGGAAUUUGAUUUGUCUGUACUUGGUGAACAGUAUACAGACAUACCAGAGGUAUUUGAUAGUGCAAAAGAGAAGUUACAAAGACAUAUAGUGAAUUGGGGCUACCAGGAGAGCAGAAAAGACUAUAUUGACAUACUGAAGUCAGCUGAUGUAGUAGUAUCAACUGCAUUACAUGAAUUUUUUGGAGUUUCAAUGUUAGAAGCUGUAUAUUAUGGCUGCUAUCCAAUGUGUCCAAAUAGACUUGUUUAUCCUGAAAUAUUUCCAGACGUUUACCUGUAUAAUACAAAUAAACAGCUGAUUAAAUCAUUAAGAAGGUUUUGUAAAUUCCCUGCUUUAGCCAGAGACCAUACAUGCCAGGUACAAGUAGAAAAAUAUUUGUGGACAAACAUGGCUCAAAAUUAUAUCAAUCUUCUUACAAUUCAAGACAAUGAUGGGGAGAGAUUAGAUAGUGCACAAACUGAUGAUGUCACUUGAAGACAUGAGAAUAUUUUUUUAUCUUGUAAACAAAUAUCAAUCCAAGAGUAUCCUUUAACAUUAGAUAGUAGGUUCAGUGAUGCUGCAAGAUUUCAAGGCCAUGUUUUUCUGGCAAUUGUAAAAACAAAGUUGAACAAAAAGUUAAAUGUGAGAUGCUUAUACUAAUAUGCAGGUUUAAAUGGUUCAUUCCAAAAUCUGGUCACUAUGAUUCUUUAGCUUAUAAGUGACAGGAGACCAGUGACUUACUGAUUUUUGUACCAGAUAUUGUAUUAUAACAAACACUGCUGGAGUCAUAGUUUCUUUUAUUAAAAAAAAUAUGAUGCUUCAACGUACCAGUAAUAUAAAGAACUGUUACUAGAUACCUAUUACAAAUGGCCAUUAUUGACAUGUAUACUUUGUAUUUUUUGAAUAGACUCAUGUUGAUUCACUAGUAAUAUUGUUAACAUCCAAUAAACAAGUAUUUAUGCAAUAUAACAUAAUAAAAUGUUUUUAAUUA